CGUGACAUGUCUUGACAGAGGUUGUUGUCUACUGAUCGCAAGCUAGCAAUAUGGUGAGAAAAACUCCACGUUAACUCGUCAUGUUUGUCGGUAACUUGUUCUAUGCACUACUGCAAAUCAAAUGAUCGGUGUUAUUCGAGUCGUUUUUGGAAGUGGGGAAAGUUUUCGGCACAGCGGAUUUGGACUGUAGUGUCAGUGCCAGAGUGAUUUAUCUUUAAAUUCACUGCAAAGCCCUGAAAUGUGCGUGGUCUGGAGCUACAACUAACAGGAUUCGUUAGUCAGCCGCGUGCUUGCCUUCAUUGUAAUUGGAUUGAGACGAUUUUAACUCUUCGACACAGUAAACCGUUUUGACUGUGAAUAAUUUCAAGAUGUCUUGUGCAUUAUGUCAAGAAGGGAGGAAGUUGAAGUGUUUCGUUUCAAUGGUUGUGUUGAUCGGCGCUAUGACAGUUUUAUAUUACAGCGUAUGCUGGGGCCCCGUGCACGAAACGGCGACACUACAGCAGAGUGAUUACGCGCACCUUUUUCUGGAAACUGAACAAAGAGUAAAGAAAGCAAAAAGUAAAACCUUCAGUGAAAAAACUCUGGACAGGGACGUGGAAUUCAACAUAACCGGAAAUGACGUAUUAGUGUUUUUACAUGUGCAGAAAACUGGUGGCACUACAUUUGGAAAACAUUUAGUUAAAGACAUUGAUUUAGAUCAGCCAUGUGAAUGCCAUAGAAACAAAAAGAAAUGUGAUUGUUACAGGCCAGGCAGUGGUAAUCGUGAAUUGUGGUUGUUCAGUCGAUUUUCGACAGGGUGGUCUUGUGGUCUUCAUGCAGAUUGGACAGAAUUAACGCAAUGUGUGGAUGGUGUGAUGGAUAAAAGGGAAGGCGAAAGCAAGAAAAGGCGCUAUUAUCUUAUUACUAUGUUGCGGGACCCUGUGUUGCGAUAUAUCAGUGAGUGGCGACACGUACAGCGGGGUGCUACCUGGAAGACGGCGGUGCACAUGUGUGAUGGGCGAACUCCAACAUCAGAGGAACUGCCAUUAUGCUACAGCGGGGAAGACUGGAGAGAUGUAACCCUUCAAGAGUUUCUUGCAUGUCCAUACAAUCUGGCAAGUAACAGGCAGACUCGCAUGUUGGCCGACUUGGAGCUCGUUGGGUGCUACAACAAGUCAGCGAUGUCAGAAGAAGAACGGGAUAACAAAAUGCUGGAAAGUGCUAAGACAAACUUGCGACGAAUGGCUUUUUUCGGUCUAACUGAAUUGCAGAAAAAGAGCCAGUAUCUGUUCGAAAGGACUUUUAAACUGAAAUUUGAGCAACCAUUUGAACAAUAUGAUGAGACGCUGAGUAAUAACGUGGAUAUAGACGUGAAUGAUCGAAAUAAAAUCCGCAACUGUAACAAAUUAGACAUAGAGUUGUAUGCAUAUGCUAAAAAUUUAUUCAUGCAGCGAUAUAAAUACAUGGCUGAAAUGUACGAGAGUAAAGAAUUCCUAGAAGAUGUUGAAAAUUGGUGA